UCUGCCGAGUUCUGUAGAGACGCGGUGAUAGAAUUAUUAAAGGAACCUUAAUGUAACACUACCGUCCGAGGGCUAGAAUGAUACGUACUGUUUUUUCAUGUUUGAAUGAACAAAAAAAUGCAUUCCCCAUUCUUCAAUCCUUCAGUGCCAUCCAUUACCCAAUUCAGUGCACUCUGUAAAGAGGGUCGCAUUAAGGAGAUACUAAUCAUUCUGCUUACAAAAUCGGAUCCCCCUAUAAAGUCUAUUUCAUAUUUUCAACUAUUGCAGAUCUGUAUUGCAAAGAAGGCUCUUCCAGAGGGUAAGCUAAUUCACUCUUUCAUCAUUGACAGGGGGUUCAAAUUUGCUACUGAAACAUUUUUUCAGAAUAAACUUAUUAACAUGUAUGCCAAGUGCAGAAGUUUGUUGUGUGCUCGUAAAGUUUUCGACCACAUGACAGAUCGAGACGUCUUCUCAUGGAACUUGAUUAUUGUAGCGUACCAAAGUUUUGGGUUUCCCCUAGAGUCAUUGGCAUUGUUUCAUCAAAUGCAAAGAACAGAUGUCAAACCGGAUCAGUUCACCUUUGCUAGCAUCCUUCCAGCCUGCGCCAAAAUUAGUGCAUUGGAACAAGGUAUAGAUAUCCAUCAAAGCAUAAGCAGAAGUGGAUUUUUGUUGGAUGUUGUAGUUCGGAGUGCCCUGAUAGAUAUGUAUGCAAAAUGUGGAAGCAUUAAAGAGGCGCGUGAACUGUUUGACACAAUGCCUCAACGAGAUACAGUUUCAUGGACAGCGAUGAUUGCAGGAUAUGCACAAAAUGGAUUUCCAGACGAGGCCUUGAGGCUUUUCAAUGAAAUGCCUCAACCAGGUGUCGCUGCAUGGACUGCUAUAAUUGCAGGAUAUGCACAGAUGGGGUUUACUGACAAGGCCUUAAAGAUUUUUAAGCAAAUGCAACAGGCAGGUGUAAAGCCAAACUCGGCAACCUUUGCCAGUAUCAUCUCAGUUUGCACCAAAACGGGAGCUUUCGAAAAGGGAAUGGAAAUCCAUCAGAGCAUAAAGCAAGCCAGAUUUUUGGCUAAUAUUGACUUGGGGAAUUCUCUGAUAGACAUGUAUACCAAAUGUGGAAACACACAGAAAGCCCUUGAGUUGUUUGACAGCAUGCCUGAACGAGAUGUUGUCUCAUGGACAACUCUGAUUGCAGGAUAUGCACAAAAUGGGCCGGUUGAAAAGGCCUUGGAGACUUUGAAACAAAUGCAAUUAGCGGGUGUAGAACCAGACGCUGUAACGUUUGCCAUCAUUGUUCCAGCCUGUGCCAAAAUGGGAUCACUGGAACAGUGUAUGGAUAUCCAUGAAACCAUAAGGCAAAGUGGAUUUUUCUCAAAUGUUGAAGUUGGUAAUGCCCUGAUAGACAUGUAUUCCAAAUGUAAGAACAUACACAAAGCACAUGAAUUAUUUGAUACAAUGCCUCAUCGAGAUGUGGUUUCAUGGAAUCGGAUGAUUGCAGGGUAUGCCCAAAAUGGGUAUUUUGAAAAAGCUUUGGAGAUUUUUAAGCAAAUGCAAGAAACAAGUAUUCAACCAGAUCAGUUCACCUUUGCUAGCAUCCUUCGAGCUUGCGCUAAAAUGAGAGCUUUGACUCAGGGUAUACACAUCCAUCAAAGGAUAAUCAGAAGCAGAUUUUUAUCAGACGGCGUGGUUGGGAAUGCCCUGAUAGAUAUGUAUGCUAAAUGUGGAAGCAUAAAGAGGGCAAGGCAGUUAUUUGACACAAUGCCUCAACGAGAUCUCAUAUCUUGGACGGCAAUGAUUACAGGAUAUGCACAAAAUGGUUUUGUUAACAAGGCUUUAAAACUUUCGAAAGAAAAACCUUGUCAAGAUGUGAUCUCAUUGAAUGCAAUAAUUGCAGGAUAUGCCCAAAAUGGGCUUGUUGAAAAGGCAUUGGAGAUGUUUAAGCAUAUGCAAUUAGCUGGUUUAAAGCCAGACUCUGCAACAUUUGCCAGUAUUCUUCCAGUCUGCGCUAAAAUGGGUGCUCUGGAACAGGGAAUGGAGUUCCAUCAAAGGAUCAUGAAACGUGGGAUUUUUUCUAAUGUGUCAAUUGCAAAUGCCCUGAUAGACAUGUAUUCCAAAUGUGGAAGUAUACAAAAGGCGCGCACAUUGUUUGAUACAAUGCCACAACAAGAUGUGAUCUCUUGGACUACAAUGAUUGCAGGGUAUGGAAGACAUGGCUAUGGCAAGGAUGCCCUCAAACUCUUUGAACUAAUGAAGGACUCUGGAACCUACCCAAACCAUAUAAGCUUCCUUUGUGUUUUAUUUGCCUGCAGCCAUGCAAGUCUAGUAGAUAAAGGCUGUAAAUGUUUCAAUGAUAUUAGCAAUUCUUAUUGCAUUGUGCCUACAAGGGAUCACUAUAUAUGCAUGAUUGACCUCCUUGGACGCGCUGGCUAUCUCGAGGAAGCCCUAACCUUUAUCGUCAAAAUGCCAAUCAAACCUGAUGCAGUUGCGUGGACGUGUUUACUUGGCUCUUGUAGAUCACAUAAGAAUAUAGAUCUUGGAGAAUUUGCAGCAAAUCUCAUUUUUCAGUUAGACCCCAUAAUUAAUGUACCUUAUAUUCUUCUAUCAGACAUUUAUGCAGAAGUGGGCAGGUGGGACAAAUUUCAUGGGGUAAGGAGAUUGAUGGAGGAUAGAAGAGUUACUAAGAUACCUGGAUGUAGUUGGAUUGAACUUGACAGAGUGGUGCAUGCUUUUUUUGCAAGAGACAGAUCACACCCACAAACGCGGGAGAUCUACGCAAAACUGGAGAAGUUGUUUUUGGAGAUGAAGACAGUAGGAUAUGUUCCAGAUUCAAGGCAUGUGCUAAAUGAUGUAGAAGGGGAGGAGAAAGAAUUGUUCCUCUACCACCAUAGUGAAAAGUUGGCAAUUGCAUUUGGCCUGUUGAACACAUCCCCUGGAUCGACUAUUAGGGUUGUAAAGAACCUUCGCACUUGUGUUGACAGCCACACUGCAAUCAAGUUUAUCUCGAAGGUGGUUGUGAGAGAAAUUGUUGUGAGGGACGCAAAUCGGUUCCAUCAUUUCAAAAACGGACAUUGUUCUUGUGGAGAUUAUUGGUGAUGAUGUGAAACAAGACAUUUUCUUUCUUGUGGAGAUUGUUAGUGAUACGCUAAGUGAAACAAGACAUCGUUCUUGUGGAGAUUAUUGGCGAUGCUAAUUGAAAAAAGGUAUAAACAUUGGCUUGAAUGAUGAACCAUUACAAGAUGUAUUAUGUCAAACUUGCAGUGAGAAGAUGGAAUCAGUUAUUAGCUCUAUUUUCUUCAAGGUGUUGUUUUUGGGGAUAGCUGACUUGAUGAAAUCACAUAAUGCUAUGCAUCAUUGUGUUUACAACUGUGGUGGAGUCAUGACAAUGGACCGUUUUCAGGAAGCCUGUACAGCUCUGGCAUGAAAAGCUGGAGGAGGUGGAAGUAAGGGAAGUGAUCAGAAUGAAGUAAUGCCUGUUUAUGAUGGAGAGCAUCUCGUAACUUUACACUCCAAUUUCUAUUAUUGUGUACGUCUUUUUGUCUGCAUUAGUUAUAUUUUCUUAAUCAUAUACCAGGCCUGUCAUGCAGAAAUUUAAUUCUGUUUUCCAAAUUAUAAAAGCAUUUGUGCAUACCUAUUCCAUUCUUGUAGAUUUCUACUGAUUACUUCAUCAUCUGCGAACUCACUCUAGUAGAAGGUGGCUGCACAAGGCAUGCUUCUAUCACGAUGAUGGAAUAUCACUGUUUUAUGGAAAACGGCUACUAUUUUAAUUGACUGACUGCAAAGCAGUUUAUGUUUGAUCGUGAAGUCCAUCUCUUCAAUUACAGCCGACUGUUUAUUUCAUCUGACUUGUUUUUAGUCUCUUCAUCUUCAUUGACAAGUUCAUUAUUAAUUCCUGAAUGUAACAUUUGUCUCCACUCAUUACAAACUUUAUGUAUUCACUGCAAUUUAAUAAAAGAAAAAUCUGAG